AUGUCUGCAGCAAAAAGAGUCCAGCAAUGGGCUACAUUUGCGCGAACUUGGCAUAUAUUUGAUUGUAAAUGGCAGGACCCCUAUCAAUCAGCGGACCUUAUAAAGAAAUAUUUAAUGGGAAUGCAUAAGCCUAUUUACCAUCCUAUGAAUGAUUGCGGAGAUGUUGUAGUUUGUAUAAAUAGUCGAGACAUCGCAUUGCGAGGAGAUGAAUGGAAGAAAAGAGCCUACUUUCAUCACACUGGUUAUCCAGGUGGAGCUUCGUGGACUUUAGCCUGGGAAGUGCAUAAUAAAGAUCCCACUAUGAUAAUCAAAAAAGCUGUAUACAGAUCAAUGAAGGGCAAUCUCCAACGACGCCACACAAUGGAACGGCUUCUCAUUUAUCCAGAUGAGGAAGUUCCAGAGGAUGUAUUACAGAAUGUGACAAAUCAAAUUCGUCAAUUACGUUUAGUGCCAACGAGACUUGACCAUAUACCGGAGGAUGAAGUCAGAAAGUUCCCCAAGGUUAUGGACUAUCCAAAAGAUUAUGUUUAUAAAUAA